AUGGAGAGGAGUUAUAGUAACGAUGAACCGUCGAUGGCUCGCAUCCAGCAAUUAGAGUAUGAGUGUGAUGAACUGCGCAGAGAGCGUGAUGAGUUACGUAAAGAUAUAGAACAACUAUGCAUACAGCAAGCUGGACCUGGCUACCUGGCAGUGGCAACUCGGUUGCAUUUCCAGAGGACAGCUGGGUUGGAGCAGGAAAUAGAGAAUUUGAAGAUGAAGUUAGCUGCCAGUACUAGAGAGAGUCGAAAUCUUCAAGAAGAGCUUUCAGAAGCAUUUCGAAUUAAAGCCCAAUUGGCGGAGCUGCACCAAGCUGAAGUGGCAAAGAAUAUUGAAGCAGAUAAACAAGUCAAAUUUUUUCAAGGAAGUGUAGCUGCUGCUUUCGCUGAACGUGAUCAGUCCCUCUUAGAGGCUGAAAAAGCUAAGGAGAAAGAGGAGCUCAUGUCACAGAAAUUUAUUCCAAUGCAGACUAGAUUUGAAGAGCUGAGUUCGGAACUUCUACAGCAGAAGAGAAGGAAUGAUGAAUUGCUGCUUGAUCUAGCAAAGCAGGAACAGCAGAAUGAAAACUUGAAGAAGGUCGUCAACAAGUUCUUUGAGAUUCGUCAGCAAUCAUCUGAGGGAUCGCUUAAAACAACUUGUGAUGAGAAGUGUGAAUGUCUGUUACAUGAUCCAGUUGAAGUUUGGAAUUAUAACGAUCCUUCAACCUCUGACUACAUUAGUGCAUUGGAAGAAGAGCUGGAGACAGUGAGAAAAUCUGUUGAUGAUCUCCGGAAUAAGAUGCGAAUGGGUUUGGACAUUGAAAAACACUUGAGGAAGAAAGUUUGUGAUGUCGAAAAGAACCUAAUUCGUUUUAACAAAGUCGUCAUGAGUGGAAUGUUGGAGUUACACAAAUUUUAUGCUCAGCAUAGACUUGGAAUUCUAAAUUUACUCGCCGAGGAAAAAUCUCAACUCAAGUCGACAGUUGAUAUGAUUGAAGAGCAUAUCAAAGGGUUUAACCUGACACAACAGAAUAUUGUGGUUUCUGAGGUAGUUGCAAGCUCAGAUGAAACUGAAUGUCGAGAUGUGCAUGUAAGCACAGUCACUGACAUGCCCUCAGCAUCCACGAGAAACGACACUGCCUCAAAUAUUGUUGCAGCUUCUAAUGAAGAUGUUGAAGCCUCUGAAGUCCUGAAGCAAGCAUUGCAAGAAAAGGUUCAGACACUGUUGCUAUUGUCUCAGCAGGAGGAAAGACAAUUGCUGGAAAGAAAUGUGAAUGGAGUGCUUCAGAAAAAGAUAGAGGAGCUUCAAAGAAAUUUACUGCAAGUUACUCAUGAGAAGGUGAAAGCUCUUAUGGAGUUGGCACAGCUAAAACAGGAGCAUCAACAACUACAAGAGAAGCUCGCUAAUGAGGCGGGGCAAGGAAAUUCUUUAGCAGAGAAAAAGCAAACAAAUCAGGAAAGAGAUGUAGGGAUAAAAAAUGUGCUGAAGAAAACUUAUCUGAGACGGUGGCUUGGCACGUUGGAUUCUACUGGUAGAAGUGAAGUUGACGUUCACUCAAGUAGUCAAGGAGACUUAUCGGGGAGAAAGUCAAACUCAAUGAAUGUUGCAAGAAUGAAGAUUGAAAAUGCUACUCUCAAAGAAAGCUUGGAAAGUAUGGAGCAUUUGGUUUCCUCAACUCAUAGACUCCGGCUCGCACUCACCAGGGUUCGAGAGUCGAUGGCAGAGAAAAGCACAGAACCCGGCUUGUCUGGAGCUCUGGACGGCAUUAUUUCCGAAGCUAAACUGGUGAAGACCGCACUAGGAAGCUCACUACCAAUCAGUUGGUCAGCAGAGGUGGACGUUGCGCCAAGCAGUCCAAGAUUCUCCACCGAGCCAUCAAGGCCUUUGGCUGAUACCACUGAUGAGAAGAUGGAUUUUGUGUCUGCAGCCGGGUUUGAGAUGGUGGAACUUCUGAUACUUGCUGCUCAAGUUUUGAAAGAGACCAGCUGCAAAGUUCCUGAGAAUGGAAAAGAUUGCUGCCCAAGUUCUUCCUAG